AUGAGUCAAGGUCAGCGAUGCCUCUUCUACGCCGUUGCAGAGACUGACUGGGCAAUCCCGAGGAAGGCUAACUUUCCCGAACGAGCCUCAUUAAUUUGAUUUAGACGAAUCCGCCUCCGAGGCUCAUCGCCUGUAUCGUGCUGUGCCAGGUCAGUUCACCUCCCUACCACGACAGCGGUGACUCCCAUCGUAUUGAAGCUGUCUUGCCUCUCUACCCCUCCACCCUCCACUCUUGGACCUCGGCGACCCGCCCCCUCGUGCGCAGGCCACGAACCACGUCAUGGAGCAAUGCAGACCGACUCGGCCCGAUCUGACGACCGUCAUCCCGUAAAUGGCGUCGUCGCACCCGCCUCGACGGGGGUCAUGUACGUCUCAGAGCGUGCAGCUGCUAAUGGGUGGUCACCCUUAAACGAAGGUGUGAGUACAGGGCGAUCUCUCACGACUAGCAGAAGCAAGACCGAGGACCUGACUCUUUGGAGAUGGGGUUGCUCCUUUUUCGUUCGUUUCUUUACAAGUGGGCCAACUUCGUCAGUAAAAUACACACAAGGUCCUUUUCAGCAUACGGGGACCCAGCCCCUGACCACGAUUUGGGUCGAGUUCUUACAGGGUCAGGGAGCUCCCGAAGUUGGAGAUUUGCCCGGCGCACCUCCUCGACCCCAGGUCAUUGACAUGUCCAAAAUGGCGAGUUCCCCAUCUCCACGGCGGACCAGCCAUCAUGUCCAUUAAACCUAACGAAUUUCUUCAUCUCGACCGUACCAGGGAGCCGACGUCCACGAAUACGCGCCUACGACCGGUGUGCGAGAACUGCGCGCCGCCGUCGCUCACCUCUACAACGAAACGCACCGAAAAGGCAAAACAAGCCAGUACACUGCCGACAACGUUGCGAUCGUACCCGGUGGUCGAGCAGGAUUGACCCGCGUCGCUAGUAUCAUUGGAGAGGUCUACGUUUCUUACCGUGAGUUACUAAGGAAAGGCAGAUUCGAGAGCGAGAGAGAGAAUGAUUGAGUGCGGUCAACUAACGAGUGCUGCCCUUCGUAGAGGUCCCCGAGUACACUGCGUACGAUCAAAUGCUGUCGUCGUUCCGCAAACUCGUGCCCAUCCCGAGCAUGCUUGAUGAGGAAGAUGCCUACCACCUUAGUGAGCCCGGGCAGGACUAAACUUUCGAGCCUUGAGUUGAGUCUGGAUGGCACCUCUUUGAUGCGUAGACAUCGAUAAGCUCAAAAAGAACAUCAAAAACCAAGGCCUGAGCGUCGUCGUCGCCUCGAACCCGCGCAACCCGACGGGGCAGGUCAUCCAUGGCGAGGAGCUCGAACAGCUCGUUGACCUCGGACGUCAAGGGACGACGAUCAUUCUUGAUGAGGUGGGUCUGACGGAGGGAGAGACGCCUGCAAUCCGAUCACAGUGGGGAUGACUAAUAUUUCUUGUGUGUGGGGCUCGCAGUUCUACUCAAUGUACCAGUACGAACUAGGAGAAGGCGCCGUAGUCUCGGCCGCCAAAUACGUGGAGGACGUUGAAAAGGACUCGGUCAUCAUCGUGCGAGCCAACUAAUCACGGCUGCAGGGAGCGCUCCGAGUUUGAUCCUUCAAGUUCUUUGAACGCACAGAUCGACGGUCUCACCAAGAACUGGCGUCUUCCCGGAUGGCGUGUCGCCUGGGUUAUCGGACCCAAAGCGCUCGUCACCGCCCUCGGUUCGGUCGGAGGUUACCUCGACGGUGGGGCGAACCACGUCUUGCAAGUGGCCGCGAUACCUUUGAUGGAGCCUUCUCGGGUCGAACAAGAUCGCUUAACCUUAGAAAGACAUUUCAAAGCCAAGAGGGACCAUGUGCUCGAGCGACUCGAACGUAUGGGCUUGCCGGUCAAACACAAGCCGACGUCGACGUUUUAUGUGAGUUGUCCGCAGUCGCCUCGCAUCAGAUUAGCUUGAAGAGCGAAACUGACACCGUGUCCCAUGUUCCUUUCAUAGAUCUGGCUCGAUCUCUCCUGUCUCCCCGCACCUUUAGACGGUGGUCUUGUCUUCUUUGAAGAGUGCCUCAAAGAGCGCGUCAUCGUCACUCCAGGAAUCUUCUUCGACCUCAACCCGGCCGUAAGACGAAACCUCCACGAUUCACCCUGUCAUCAUUUCGGUAAGUCCUCUCGAGGCCUCCAACUUUCUCUAGAAUUCAAUGAGGUACUGAGACCUGCGAAUCUAUCCUGCAGUCCGACUCUCGUACGGCCCGCCCUUGGAAGAGAUCGAUCGAGGUUUGGACGCGAUCGAGAGGUUGCUAAACCGCGUUCGAAAGGCCAUCAAGGGUGGGGACAGUUUGUUCGAUCAUGUCGAUAAGGAUCUGAAGCAAUGA